AUGGAUGAAUUAGGAAAGUCCCCAAGUUGUCAUGGCGUCUCAUUUGAAAUGCGUAAUCAAGCUGUUCCUGCGCGUCACUUGCUUUAUAAACCCAUGACUUUAAAUGCUUGGAAGAAGCGUUCAAACCACAAGAUUUUUCCCGGCCAUGAAUCUGGAAAGUUCCAAAAAUCACUGAGUCGUGAAUCCAGCAGUCAUUUCUGUGAUUUGGACAUUGAAGGUGAGGAGGAGGAGGAAGAUGACGACGAGGAGCAACAGGCGGAGCUUGAUUCAGUAAGGUACUCCAGUUUACCUCACAUUACAGAAGAGGAUAACGGCGUGCCACUGCCACAGCCACAUCCACAGCCCACUUUUGUGAAAGUGCCUUCCAAGAAAGCUGCCAAGUCAGGGGAGUCGCGUAUGUCCGUGAUACUGCUGGAUCAGGGCCUCUUUACCGUUUACAAGCGUCUAUUCCUUCUCUCCUUCGCACUCAAUUUGACUGCACUCAUUUUGGCUGCCACCGGACACUUUUCAUACGCUAAGAAGGAAGCUGCUCUCUUUUCAGUGGGGAAUAUCUUGGCAUUAGUGUUGUGCCGCAACGAGGCCUUUCUGAGAUGCGUGUUCUGGUUGGUGGUGAAGGUGUUGGGAAGGUCAUGGGUUCCACUCCCUCUCAAGACCGGCACUACAUCGUUCCUUCAGUGCGUAGGAGGAAUCCACAGCGGCUGCGGCGUUUCCUCAGUCAUGUGGCUCACUUAUUCCCUCGUGGAAACCCUGCGCCAUUCUGAGACCAGCUCCCCGGAAAUAAGAGGCGUGGCAUCGGCCAUACUGGGGCUUCUGGUGAUAAGCUCACUCGCAGCAUUCCCUCUGGUGCGGCACUUACACCACAACGUCUUCGAAGGAUUCCAUCGUUUCUCCGGCUGGACUGCUCUCGCUUUGCUUUGGGUUUUCGUCAUGCUCUCUGCAGCUUACGAUCCUGUGGAGAAAUCCUACCGAUUACGCGGUUCAGUUCUUGCAAAGAAGCAGGAUUUCUGGUUCACUUUAAUCAUCACCGUUCUCAUAAUCCUGCCAUGGGUAUCUGUGAGGAAAGUUCCAGUGCAAGUAUCGGCUCCUUCGGGUCACGCCAGUUUAAUCAAAUUCCCAAGCGGAAUCAAAGCCGGCCUUCUCGGGCGAAUAAGCAGAUCUCCCCUCUCAGAUUGGCAUGCAUUCGGAAUAAUCUCCGACGGAAAAGAUGAACACAUGAUGCUCGCCGGUGCGGUGGGAGAUUUUACCAAAAGCUUGGUAUCUGAUCCGCCCAAAUAUCUGUACACCCGUUGUGUUAAAUUUGCAGGGCUGCCCUAUCUGAUAAACAUGUACAACAAGGUGGUUGUGGUGGCCACAGGCUCGGGCAUCUGUGUGUUCCUGUCGUUCAUGCUGCAGCCUUGUCCAGCCGAGGUUUAUGUGAUUUGGGUGGCCAAAGCGAUAGAGAAAAACUUUGGAGACGAUAUUGUGAAAAGGAUCAAAAGCUACCCUUCCGAAAAGAUGAUAAUCCAUGACACUGCUUUCUCGGGUCGUCCAAACGUGCCGCAGAUGACAGUGGAAGCAGUGAAGAAAUGGGGAGCGGAAGUGGUGAUAGUGACUAGUAAUCCGAGUGGGAGCAGGGACGUGGUGAAUGGAUGCAAAGCAGCGGGAAUUCCAGCUUUUGGGCCAAUCUGGGACUCUUGA